GACUUUUUUGGAUGCCAACUAUGUGAAAAAAUUGCAUGAGGACCUGUAAGGGAAUUGAGUUACUUAAAGAGGGUAAUAUGAAUGAAUGAGGACGGAAACGAGCACACAAGUGGGGCUUAACGGGGUAAAAGGGAUGGGUAAAUGGAAGGAUAGGGGAAAGGUUGUGACUCAGAAAAAGAAAUUGGGAGAAAACAAGUGUUUGGAAAUUUUGCUGGGAGAGGGAAUGUUGAAAGGGGAUAUAGGUGGAUAGAUAAGCUAGUAAUGUAUUUCUCGAGUUGAACCUGAUAUUUUAUGAUGUUCUCAAUC